AUGUCAUUCUUCAAAUCAUUCAAAACAGACUAUACUCCAUUGGGUCUGGGUAGUAAUAACCCUGAUGGUGCUCCAUUGCCCCCUCCAGCAACCCAGCCAAACAAUCAACUGUCGUUUAAAACGAGAUUACAAAAGCUUAAUCCAUUCCGCAGUCAAUCAGUAUAUCUAGAAGAUGAAGACAAUUACGUCACCUCGGAUCCAGGAAUGUUUGAACUUUCGAGAUGGGAUAGGAUGCUAGUGUUUGCACUUUGCUUUGCUGGUGCUGCUUGUUGUUGGUUGAUUUGUAUCUUUUUAUUCCCCGUGUUGAGCUUAAAACCGAAAAAGUUUGCAUUGUUAUGGUCCUUGGGGCUGAUUUUCUUUUUGAUUAGUUUCGGUGUUUUGCAAGGUGCACAAGCAUACUUGAUACAUUUAUUUUCGUCAACAAGGAUCAUAUUCACGGUGAUAUUUGGAGCCAGCAUUGUGUUAACUUUGAUUAGCAGUUUGAGUUUAAAGAGUACGUUGCUUUCUAUUAUAUUUGCUGUGAUUCAGCUCUUGGCAGCAAUAUGGUACACAGUAAGUUAUUUCCCAAUGGGUAAACAAACACUAAGCUUAGCGGGAACUGUAGCUAGAGGACAAGUCGAUAAUUGGAUCAACUCUUAG